AAUAAUGAUAAAAAAAUUUUUAAAAACUACAAUAGGAAAAAGAUAAACCAUUAAUACGAAAGAAAAUUAAUUCUAUGAAAAAAAAGGAUGGACUUAUGACGGAAUAGGAAAAAGAAGGUGCAGCAUGGUCACACAGCAAAGAAGAUAAAGUGAAGAGAGCAGAAUCCUUAUCCCCUUUGUGUCUCCGAUAAGAAUGUGGCUUCUCCAACUGCCGUCAAUCCCCAAGUUCUCCACCCCAUUCCUCCAUGGCGGCAGAACCCUCUGCUCUGCCCCAACCGCCACUACAUUCCCAGCACCAUCAGCACCGUGUUCCAUGCCUACCAUAAGAGCGAUGAAGUCGAUGCAGGGGAAGGUGGUGUGCGCCACUAACGACAAGACGGUGGCGGUGGAGGUUGUUCGUCUGGCCCCUCACCCGAAGUAUAAGAGGCGCGUGAGGAAGAAGAAGAAGUACCAAGCCCACGACCCUGAUAACCAGUUCAAGGUUGGUGACAUCGUUCAGCUUCUCAAGAGCAGGCCCAUCAGUAAGACCAAGGCUUUCGUUGCCGUUUCUGUUCCCAAGAAGGACUCCACCAAGAACUCCGACAUUGGAAUCCCCUUGGAGUCUCAGCAACAGGCUUAG